GUGACCCUGCUAUAGAGUGGAGUUAUAUCUGCAUUUUACCAGCUAUUUUAUUUAUUUCCCGAAAGUGUUUCUAAAAUGUUUUACUACCCCACCGUCUUGAAGCGUCAUUCAGGAUGUUUCUCUACAAUCUGGCUGGUGGCUACAAAAGGAAUCAAAAUUCCCCGCCGGGAUUUCCUUAAAGUCAACGUGAUACGCACCUGUGAUGACAUCAUGAGCUACGUGCUGCAGCGAGUGCCCCCCCCUCAGCCUGGCCUGCCUCGGCCUCGCUUCUCCCUCUACCUCUCCUCCCAGCUCCAGUACGGCGUCAUCCUCGUCUACCACCGUCAGUGUGCUCUCCUGCUGCAGGAGCUUCAGUCUGUUUUGGUGAAGCUGUUGAAACAGAGGUCGUCCCAGAUAAUUGACAUGGAUGAGCCCAGCAGACAAGCGUUGGACUUCCCAGAUGCCCUGAGUCUCAUGGAGGACACAGAAGGAGCUCUGGACCCGUUGUUCGGAGUGAUGUUCAUGAGGGAAGCCAUGCCCAGUCCCAACACACUGAUACAGAUGGGUCGAGAGUAUCAGAGGGAAUGGUCUCCUGAGCUUCCAGCUGCUGCUGAACAAAAUAGCGCCAUAACUGCAUUCCCAGAAACCAUCACCCUGAGAGAGAGGGAGCCUAUCGCCAUCCCUCCCGCAGAGUUCGAGGGCAUGGAGCUGGUUGAUCAGCACCCAGAUACGAUUGACAUCCUCAUGGCCCAGACAGGUCACUUUCCAGAAGGUGAGGAUUUUGAUAUACUGGAGCAAGGAAUGCAGCCAGGAGAUCAAGAGAUGGAUAUUGAAAGGGAUCUGAGAGAAGAAGACCUGGAGGGAAAGACAACAAGAGAUUUCACAGCUUCCACUAUUGACUCACUGCACCCCACCCUCUCCACUGAGGACGUCAUUCUGCCUCAGGAAGAUCCAGGCCUGUCCGGGGAGAAGCCCACAUCCCCUUCACACCUGCACACCCCCACCUCUGUGCCCAUCCUCCCCUCCCCACCACAUGCAGCCGAGAAACGUCAAAGACCAUCUCUACAGUUGAAGGAUGUGCCCACUCCAGAGGUGCAGAUGAGGACGAGGAAGAGGCAGCUGAUCUUCUUCGACCCGGAGACGCAGAUCCCAGAGCAGGUCCAGCAGGAGCAGAUCAACGACCCUCAUAUUGAGACCGGACCUCGUCUUACUUUGCAGCCGCCUUCUCAGAGGCUGCCCUCUGCUGCUGAGCUCUUCAAUAAUCCCUGCACACCCUUGCCUGAAGAGUUGCUGUUACUAUGGAAACAGGCUGCGACCAUCACGCCUCUCUCAGGCUCGGACCUGCAGGUCGGGGAGAGAGGGCCCGAGUCCAACGACUCCGAAAAGGAGAGAGAGCAUGCGAUGGUGGAGGCGGCAGAGGAGGUGGAAGCACGGGAAGGAAAGGAUGGAGGUGCUGCCCUCAGCCCCUAUAGUGAGUUCCGCCGAGAUGUGGUAGACCUGGAGAUGAACGGAUUUUCAGACCCUGAUACAACGCUGGAGAGAUCUGACCAAAGGGAGAUGUCUCGAAUCAGAGACAUGUCCCCCAUGUUCUCACCCGAGAAAGAAGGGCCUACUGUCCCCAGGUCCCUGAAGGACAUCCCAGAGGUGGUGGACGAGCUCCUGGAGAGAGCUGCAGCAGAGUCUCCUGGGCUGCCGUUCGAUAUCCCAGAGAAUGAAGAGGGGCACGUGGUGUUUGCCUCUCUCCUGCCGCCAGACGCAAACCGCAGAACUGUUAGCAAAAGCUUCAUGAGGCUGCUGGAGUCUUUAACAGCCAAGAGUGUCCGUGCAGAGCAGGACGAGCCUUAUGGAGACAUUUUGAUAUUCCCCGGACUAAACUACGAGGAGCAGCGCCAAACUUUGUGAUAUGUUCACAAUCACGUAAAGGAUAUUUUUGAUGUUACCGUUUUUAUCAGAGAUUGUAUUUAAAAAUAUCAAAUAUACUAAAUAUUUAUAGAAAUCAAAUGUUUUGUUACUGAUCACUUCAUGAGAUUUGUUAUUUGUGUUAAAAUGGUUGGAAUA